CGGAUGCCUUGCACCGGGGUCCUGAUUGAGCAUUUCCGGGUCCUGCUCCACGUCUGCGGCUCCGCAGUCGCCGUCGCUCGGCCGGGGCUGGUCGUCGGGGGCGGCAGCUCGCUGCUCACUCCGGUCAUGUUAUAAUAUCACCUUUUUGGCUCUGAUAUCAGUUCAGAAUGUCAUGGUUUACUGAGCUGGCAGGGAAAGCAGAAAACUUCUUGAACAAAGUGGACCAGGGAGCAGCAGCAGCACUGCAGAAUGCACCCAUCGAUGCUGUAACUGCCACACGCACUCAGAGCAGUGAAGCCAGUUCUUCUAGCCAGUAUUCUACCCUGAAUCAGCUGAGUAGUAAACCUGAUCACCAGAUCCACACUAACCCUGGUUAUGUCUCCUCCGCUGCUAAUAACAUUAAGAGACAAAAGGCCACCCUUCUGGCUGGAGCUUCUAAUGUAUCUUCAUCGUCACAGAACAUUGACACCACGGCUGGUACAUCUGCAAGCUCCUCUCUAAGCAGGCCCUCAAUUCAGUUUGUACGACCAAAAAGGGAUGAGCCAAAUGAUGACCAACUUUUUGAUUUCCUAAAUAGUUCAGAAAAAUCAUUAAAUGGAAAGGUGGACAUCAAGCAUGAGGCAGCAAAGCCUUCCACACCCACACCAAAAACUCAUUCUCGGACUUCCAGUCACAGUUCAGUAACAUCUGGCACCAAUAUUGCUAAGGCAGCUGAGGAGAGCUUUAUCAAGGACAAUUCUGCUACUGGACAUGAUUCAGAAAUGUCAGAGAGCUCCAGUGUGAAUCCAAGUGCCCAACUAGAGCCAUCAAAAGAAGUAGUGUUGGGUAAUGCAGGUGGUGCAACUUUCUCAACUAAAGAUGAGAAUCAGUCACUGGAGCUGUCGAACCUUCGACUUGAAAACCAGUUGCUGCGGAACGAGGUCAACUCCUUAAACCAAGAAAUGGCUUCACUGAUUCAGAGGUCAAAGCAAACACAAGAAGAGUUAAAUAAAGCCAGGAAACAGAUUGAGAAAUGGAAUACCGAGAACUCAAAGACGGAUAGGAUAAGUAGGGAACUGCGUUCUCAGGUGGAUGACCUGAACGAGGUGCUGAGCGCCAAGGAUUCGCAGCUGGCUGUGCUCAAAGUGAGAUUGGAAGAGGCAGAUCAACUUCUGAAGACACGUACUGAAGCGAUAGACAUGCUGCAGAAUGAAAGAAACAGGAUACUGCAAGAUCACAAUGAAGGGAGCAACUUACACAACCAAGCCUACCAGACAAUGCAAGAGAGGCUUUUGGAUGCUGAAUCAACACUUAAAAGAGAGCAAGAGAAUUACACUCAAAUGCAGAAUGAAUUUGCAGCUCGACUCAAUAAGAUAGAGUGUGAGCGCCAAAGCCUGGCGGAAGCACUGACAGCAUCUGAAAGAAAGGCGAUUGAAGAGAAGAGGAGGGCAGAUGAUCAGCAGCAACAGCUCAGACUUGCAAAGACCAGUUUGGAUUCUGCUAAACAGGAACUGGUGGACUACAAACAAAAGGCUACCAGAAUCCUUCAAUCCAAAGAGAAACUGAUUAACAGCCUAAAGGAGGGUUCAGGAAUUGAAGGUGUUGAGAGCCACGCUGUCAGCAUAAUGGAGCUGGAGGAACUGCGGCAUGAGCGCGACAUGCAACGUGAAGAGAUCCAAAAACUGCUGGGUCAGAUCCAAAGUCUGAGGACAGAAUUGCAGGAUACAGAGGUACAACAAUUAGGUGAGGCAGAGUCGUCCAGGGAACAAAUUCAAGAACUACAAGAACAAAUCAAUUCACUAAUGGGAACCAAAAAGGAAAUGGAAGCUGAACUAGAACGUCAGAAACAGGAGUUUCAGUACACACAAGAUGAACUACACCGGACAAAGAACACACUGCAGAUGAGAGUAAAGGACCGAGAGGAGGAAAUUCAAAAACUCAGGAACCAGCUUACAAACAAAGCUUUGAGUAGCAGCCACACUGAACUGGAGAACAGACUACACCAGCUGACUGAAACUUUGAUCCAGAAGCAGACUAUGUUGGAGGCCCUCAGUACUGAGAAGAACUCGCUUGUUUUCCAACUGGAACGCCUUGAGCAGCAACUUAAAAAUGGACAGGGCAGCAGUGUUAAUGGCACUGCUAUUAACGUACCUGCAUUGGAAAAUAAUGAAGGUGCUCGUAUGAGAAGCGUUCCAGUUCUUUUUGGUGAAACCGACAGUUCUGCAGCAGGAAUGUAUGGGAAAGUCCGCAAAGCAGCAAAUACAAUUGAUCGAUUCAGCAUCCGGUUAGGAAUUUUUCUGAGACGAUAUCCAAUUGCAAGGGUAUUUGUAAUUAUUUAUAUGUUUCAGGAGCAGUAAAGAAAUAAAACUACCCAGUGGCUUUGCUGCUCUCAAGUGACAGAAACAGAUUAUCCACCUUUUCAAUCUUCUGUCUUGCUCUGUUCCCCAACCAAGACCUGCUCAGAACUGUCAAGGAUGCUGAGAAGAUGGAAGAAUGUCAGACAUUGACUUGUCCUGUUGUUGUUGUUGUUGUUGAUAACCCUAUGGAGAAGUGCCUUUACUCAUUAUCUUCACCAAUGUGAACAUCUCCACUUAUAAAUAUUAACAGCGCCAAGAUUAAUGAAUUUCUGAAUUUGAAUUUCUGCCGCUGCCUUGUAUUAUUAAUGCUCUAACUGUACUUUUUCUAGCCUCUUUUAGGAUAACCUAGGAACUUUCCAUUGCUAUUGGAGGGAAUAUGUAGAUUGUUUCUGGAGUUGCAGUGCCAGGAAAACCAUUGUAUACAAUAGCAAAACACUGUAAAAUCUGAAAUAACAGCUGAGUAUUUUUUUCUGGUUUGAGGCACGCUCUUUGGGAAAGAAGAGAGUUUAAUGUUCCAAGUUAAUGACCCUUCACAGAUGCUGUCUGACCUGUUCAACUCGUAGUCUUUUCUGUUCUUAAGAAAAAAAAUCUAAAUUGCUAAUGUUGAUAAUCUGAGUCAGAAAAACACUCAGAUUGAUUUCUGAAACCUUGGCUUCAGGGAUGCAUAUUGACUUGAUUGGAUAAUUCCAAUGCCCUGAUUUCUUUCUGUUGUAGCAUAAAGUUGCUCCUCAUUUGUGUCCAUACCUUUUCUUUCUUUGUCCUAACCAUCUUCAAUGCAAGAGGUUACUCUUUGCAAAAGUCUAUAUGGUCACAUUUAAUCUAAAAGCUGAGAUAUUAAAGUUGCUCUCUAGAAUUACUAAGCACUUUUAUAUUAUGCUUAUGGUGCUAAGAUUCCUCUGCAUGGAUUGAGUACAACUAACCAUAUGCACAAAUAAUACUACACGUGGCUGCUAGGAUUGCCCAUGUUUGUCUUCAAGCUUGCUGCACUGAUGAGCCUGACCAGUUUUACUUUAGCUUUUAGCAGAGUAGACAGUUAUAAUAAACUAGAGAAUUAUUUAUAUUACUGUUCCUAAUAAACUGUACAUUCAUGAGUAUUCAGCAGUCAGACACUGAAAUUGAUGGAAUUCUCAAUUGACAUCCACCUAAGCAGAAAUUAUCAUUACAAGAAACUAAGUCACCAGAAAAGAAAACAAAGAUGGUUUUGUUGUAACUGAGAAAUGUGAAGAUAAAGAUCAUAUCAAAGAUCUAAUUUAACUCCUUAACAAACUUAAGGUUUCUUGCAGUCAAAUAAAAAUAAAUGGGUAAGCAAUUAAAAACAAUUUAAUGAGCUUUGCUGAAUAGCGACUUAUAAUAUUUAGAAGAUCUUACUGGCAUGAGCCCAUUGCCCACAGUGGUCACAAUGCCAGUGGUUGCCUUGUGCCUGAACUUGCCUGGUCUGAUAGUUUGGUGGCACAAGUCCCCAAACUCCAGCCACGUGGCGUGAAUGAUGAAAAAGCCUCCAGUUGACUUUUAAAGAAAUGCUGCACCCAAAACUCCUGAAAAACUUUGAUAGCCAGUGAAGCCCUGCCUUUGGGUUUGUCAAACCCAUGAGAGUUUUUGUAACUCUGUGCAUAUCACUAACAUAAAAACCUAUUAAAAUGAACAAAAUUAGCUAAAAUAAAUUGCUAAAAUUAUGAAUUAUUAAAAUAUGUUCUACUUGUUAAUCAUCUUUCAGACAAAAAUCCUACAUUUGUCCUUUUGGCUGCUUUCUACCUUUGCUCCAUUUUUCCCCAGUGUUGAGGCUUUGUUUGAAAUAUUUGUCUGAUGUGCCUUUUCUCCCAUUUAUAUGUGGAAUACCUCUGUGAGUUCCACUCUGAGACACCUCCAUUCAAGCUGUUUCCCUGAAAUUGACAGUUGGGUUGGUUCUGGUACCUUCACAGUGAGAAAUUUGGUCAUAGUGUAGAUAUUUCUCCAAACAUUUCCUUACACUUGUUUGGUUAAAAGACUGUUUC